GGUAUUGUGGGUAAUCUGUCGAGCGGGAAGUCGGCCCUGGUCCACCGGUACCUGACAGGCACGUACGUGCAGGAGGAGUCCCCUGAAGGUAAGAGACAGACCCUGCUGCUUAAAUCCUGAGGGAGGAGAGAGCCGUCACAUGUUCAAAAAAGCUAAAAGGUUUUCAACUUGUCAGUCAACACAUGAACGCAUCACUUGAGGCAGAGCUGUCUGUUCCUUCUUAUAGCUGUGAUGGUAUCUCGCUAAUCUAGUCCAUCUACUGGCCCUGCUGCGUCAUAAAUGUAAAUGUCAUUUGAGAUCUUUAUAAUAAUUCAUAAAGGCUUAUAAAGUUAUUUUAAGGUUUUACCAGGUUAUUGGCUGUCCGAAACCUGUUGAAAUACCACCUGGAAUGAUCAAUUGGCAAGACAAUCUGUAUUUUGGUUGAUGUUAUUCUAGCUGGGGAUAGAUACGGACAAAGUACAAAGACAGGGCUGGGCUUGAUGUUUACAGUAAGCUGUAUACAAACUCAAUUCAUAAUUAGCAGUUAGUUUGAGUGUUUUCCACAUGGUGUAUGGAGAGAAAAGAGAAACCUGCAUUAUCUUCGCUUAUCAUUAACGGUAAGCCAGGUGUGUUGGUGUAUUUUCUGUUGUUGUUAUUGUUUUGUAUCAGUCGACGCAGUGUCCAAUUUUAUCUCAAACCCAAGGAUGUGGAGAGAGAUGAGUUGGAGAUAAUUGGCUUUUUAUCUGUUAGUAUAAAUUAAUGACAGCUUGAGCAAAUCAUUGUCUAUGAAAGAGAGAGGGCUGCUGCGUUAGAAUGAUAAUUCCCAAACACAUCAAGGUAAAACUAAGACCUGGGCUUAAAGCACUAAAUCCUACUAUAACCCUUCAUUUCAGAGGGAAAGGGGAUUAUAGUUGCUGUCAUGAACAUGAACAGUUUCUGCUUAGGGAGCUGUGAAGCUAUGAACGAGAGGGUUGUGUUUAUUUCUACAGUUGGAGCCCAUUCCCAAACAUUCCACUGUGGCUUCACAGAAUCAAAACUGAAGAAUUCUCCAUUUUGAUUAUCAGGCGGAAAUCAGAAGCGAAGGCUGUCCGAACCCGCAAAGAUGUUGGCAAACCAGAGUCAAAUGACAAUCUUGGACGGGGUUUGGAUGGUUUGUAGUGUCUGUUUUUGUGUAAUUACUGUAUACAGAGGAUGAUGAGACAUGAAGCGCAUAAUGAGUUCCUGGCAUUAAGAUGCUGCUUCACUAAAGGAAAGAAACAAUCCUGAAUGCUUAAUUAGGCCUAGAGAUAUCAAUGACAAAAAUGCUGGAAUGCAAAAACCUGAGUGCUGGUUUUGGUAAUUCUGGAAACAUGUUGUUUCUUCAUUUUAUACAGAUCACUGCAUCAUUGCCGUGAUACAACAUACUGCUCCGUCUCCCAUCAUUAACAGGUGGUAAAGGGUCUCCUUUUAGUCUCAUUCCUAGCACAUUGCUUAGCCCAGACGAAUCAAAUCAAAUCAAAUGUUAUUUGCCACAUGCACCGAAUACAACCGGUGUAGACCUUACAGUGAAGUGUAGACCUUAACCAACUAUGCAGUUUUAAGAAGAAGAAAAAAGAAGUGUUAAGUAAAAAAUAGAUAAGUAAAAAAUAAAAAUAGCAAAUAAUUAAAGAGCAGCAGUAAAAUAAAAGAACAGUAGGGAGGCUAUAUACAGGGGGUACCGGUACAGAGUCAAUGUGCUGGGCACCGGUUAGUCGAUGUAAUUGACGGUAAUAUGUACAUGUGGGUAGAGUUAGAAACUAUCCCUCCUCUGUAGAUUUGAAAGAGGCUACCUCGCUUCUAAGAAGAGUUGGUGGUAGUAGUACUAGUGUUUUCUGUUUGGUCCGUGCCAUUCAUUCACCCAGCAGCUCUACUUUACAGUGUUUUAUUCUACUAUGUUGCUAGUUGCUGUGAUAUCUGAAAAAAGGUAGUAUCGGGACGGGAGGGAGGUGUUGCCAUGGCAACAUCGGAUCUGGUUCUGUUUGAAUUGUGGCUCCGUGUCAAGGUCUCUGAGCAUAUGCAUUCCAUUCUAGAGCUGGAUAUGCCUAUUGCCUACUGCCUGCCCACAAUUUCAGCUACCAUCUCAAAACCUGUGUGUGACUGUGUGUGUGUGUGUUAGACUCAUCUGUAUGUUGAUAGAAAAGCUAUAAACACUCUAUUCAUUAGCCACGUCCAGGCAAAAUUAUUAUACAUUAAUUGCUUGCCUACCCUAAUACAGAUUGAGUGUCUCUCGUUAUUGCUCUACAAUUACUGUAGUUUUGCUUAAUUAGUUUGGCACUGAGAUUCAACAGACGUUCCACAGUACGGAUGGUUUCUCCUCCGACCUCAGGAUAUGUUGUCAAUGCUUGCCUGUGAACAGUCACAGACACUGCCAGGAUGACGUUGAUGUUAUGUAAUCUAAAUGUAGGUCUUUACUUAAAUGCACAUCCAUUUCAUACCAUGGAAACAGAAGAUGCUAUUUGGUAUAACACUCUCAUUAUACCAUUUUCAAGGGCUUCUUAUCAUUUCAUGUGCAGCCGACCUAUUCCAUUUACCUCCUCCAGAAUCAUUUCAAAUUUCCUCUAAGUCUGACCCUUUGAUCCAGAUACAUUCAUUUUCUCAUAAGAUAUGACUAUACUGGGUAUUACUAUGGGUAUCACUUUUCUGACAUUUCCUCUAAAUGGGAAUUUCCUGGCAUAUGGAGACUCAUCAGUCCGAUCAGUGCUCCAAUCUCAGACCUCUGCUACUUCAGUGGAGGAAAGUUGGCUUAGCUUCUGUGAGUCUCUCUCUUUGGAUAUUACACAACUCAACUGAUGUCGGGGAGAAUCCCCCUUCGCCAAAUGGGCUAAAGUGAACUUAAUGGGAGCAAGUGUGGCUCAAGUGGAUCUGUAUUGCAUGUUGGCGCUAGCUAGAACACUGCCUACCUAGCCCUUGAAGACUGCAGGCAGAGCCAGUCGCUGUGACCUCGCUUGCUCUUUUGCAAAGGUGGGAUCUGCACAAACAAAGUGUCAGUUAGAAAGUUCAAAUUCAGUUGUGAAACUGUUAUGAACUCCCCAUAUUCUCUCCCUCUUAUUACAUAAUGCUGUAACAGAUAACACGGCGGAUUAUGAAAUAUCUGGUGUUGCCGCAGCGGUAGAUAUUUCAUUUAUGUCUGUAGUUUUUCACCCUCAGUAUACUCCUUUUGAUAUAUGUUAAUAUGCCCACUCUUACACCUUUCAUGCAGUCGUACAUUAUUCAAUAUUGUUUGAGACGGCUUGAAGCAGAUAUUCUGCAUUCGAAAAAGCAAGGUUUUAUUUCGCCUAGCUCCCCAACUUUCUCCCUUUAAUAUUUUAAAUCUCUGCAGGAUCUCAAACUAUUCCAAUGUUAUGCAAAAUCCAAUUUAGUGCGAGGUAUUCCCAUCGGUCUGUAUAUUUUAUCUGCAGCCAGCCUUGCCAGAGGCAAGGAAUACGAACAUGCAUUCAAAGAGAUGAGGGGGAAAAAGUCAAGGCUGACUAUAGAAGCUAAUUCUACUAUAUAGCGUCUCUAGUCUCCACUAUCUUGUGGCCAUGAACUACACCAACUUUAGAUUAAAACUUCUCUAUUUUCUUCUAUUAUCUUCCAUCCUCUCCUUCCAUCUCUCUAUCUCAGGCUCCGGGCUACGUCCAUUCUAGGGCUACGUCCAUGCCUUAUCACUUCCUUACAGAAUCCCAAAAUACAUUGUCUGUCUGCUGUGCUGGCUAAUACACUAGCAUGCUAACUUAUAUCUCAUGGAGUUCUGAAUCAGCGAUGGAGACGGAUCUCUAAGCAAGGCUAGCUGGUGGUUAUGUAGUGAAUUUAGGUGGGGGUUCGGGCUGGGUCUACGGCUUGUGGCAGUGCUCUGUGACGGUGUAGUGGAGCAGGUUUUCUCAGCAGCUGUGUGCAUUUAGACAUGCUAAAUGGCAAUUUCCCUGUCUGGUAAUUGACUCUGGAGACCCUGUUUCCUCACCCAGCUUCUGAUUUUUCAUUGAGACAGCGGGGCCAAAUCAAACCACAGUCUAUUCACUGCAAUUUCCCUGUCUGGUAAUUGACUCUGGAGACCCUGUUUCCUCACCCAGCUUCUGAUUUUUCAUUGAGACAGCGGGGCCAAAUCAAACCACAGUCUAUUCACAAUCACAUGCAGGAUGGAUGUCUCCAAACUAUCAUCAAAACCUUAUCAGAAUGGAAAGUAAUCUAUGGGAAGGCCUAAAUCUGACUCAUGCCUAGGCCUACUGGUGUGUGUUGGUGAAAAAUAUUGGUAUUAAUAUUGAAUUUUGGUGAUUUAGCUGUAGCAGAACCAAACAUGUUUUCAGUGACAAUUAGUAGAGUAGCAAGUGCUUUACACCACUUUAGGCCUGAGUUUAGCCCUCUACCUUCAUUUUGCCAACCCCUUCAAUAGGCAGGGUAAAGUAGAUCAAUUCACAUUGGCUGUAUUAAUAAUGAUGAAGCAUGAUUCUAGGCCAUGCACCACCAAAUAAGUCACCCUGACAUUUCUUUCCUCUUCCUCAGGUGGUCGGUUCAAGAAGGAGAUCGUGGUUGAUGGACAGAGCUACCUGCUGCUGAUCAGAGACGAGGGAGGCCCCCCGGAGCUGCAAGUACGUACGCUCAGCUUGCUUUCUAAUCCUGCAUGCCUCAGCACAGCCAAUUAAUAUCACUUAAACUCUGCAAGAUCUCCUCCACAAUAACCAGACAGGAAUUAAUAAACACUUCUCUGUUGGGGAUUCAUUUCGAUGCUGCACAGCACUCCCAUUCUCAGCAGUGCUUCACAGUGCUUUUUACCAAGUCAUUGUGCCUGAGCACUUACCAACAACUAAAUCUAGCUAAAAGCCAUUUUAUAGUGGAAAGACAAAAGAGGCAAACACUAUUGUUAAGCUAGUGGACCCAAUAACCUAGUUGGUAUGGAGCAGCAACAGUUGAGUCAGAGUCAUUUGAUCAAGGAAGAAAAUAUGUGGUAUUUAUUUACAGUGCAGGUGAUGGAGGGAAAACUAGAUCCAGUGGGAGUGUUUAUACAUAAAAUAUGCAGAUAAUGAAAAUGAAUUGGCAAAAAUACUUGGUUGAAAAACAAUGAACUUAAUUGGCCAAUACUGCAAUAACUCAACAGGAGUACAAAGGCAAAUGCACCUUAAACACAGAGCAAAACGCCCAUAAACUCACACAUUUGAGUAUAAACUGUAACAACAUGUUAACUCAAUAACACAACGGUCGCGUUCCCCUGCUCAGACAUUGCAUGCAUCAACCAAUGGUUGCGUGCCCCGUCAUCGACUGUGCCGUCGGGCACCAGAUUGCUAUAACAUAUGAUGAGAUUGGCUGAUACUUAAAAUACCUAUCCAGGUGUUGUAAGAUCUGGCAUGCGUCAGCAAUGCCUGGGCAGAGGAACACGCCCAAUAGCUCUCAUGGAUGAGGAGAACGGUAAUCUGGCAUAAACCAGUCACACCUUUAAAAAGGGUUAGUGCUACCCGGGAUCCUUGGGAUAUCCCUACCCAAACCCUAACCUUAACCCCUACCCUAACCAUAACCCUUACCUAACGUUAAGCCUUACCUUAAUCAUUUUAAAUUUCAACUUCAAUGGGUUAACUUCAGAGUUGGGACAUCCCAAGGAUUCCAAAUAGCACCUACCCAUUUAAAAAGGUAGGCUACAUUCUCAAACAACACUAACACACUUAAAAUGCAAUACUAUUGCAAUCAUUUUCAUAACAAUGGUCAAUACUUUACACGUUAUUGAAAACAAAGAUAAAGUAUGCUGAAACAUGAGCGUUUACAAUCAACUUUGGAAACACCCCACCCCUUAAACGAGAUAAACCAUAAAACCUAAUGAGAGGCGAGCCACCUGUGCAUUUAAAGGUGGGAACUUCCCGAUGCGCUCACCUACUAGGAGGAGGAGCCAGUUCACAGCACUGGUGAGCAGAACCACUGAGGUAGAAAGAACUGGAGACUGCGUUCAAGAUGUCCGACCGUUGUUUUCAAGGUAAUCUACUCGUGUUCGUAUACGCCAAUUCAUGGACUGUCUAUAUCCGGGUUGCAUCCGGUUUACACGGACCAACAUCACAUGCGCACCAGCACUCAGUGUGCACAGGGAGCAUCAACAACGUCAUCACGUCAUCCAAAAACAUGGCAGACAUAUUUUCGACUGAGUUACAAUUAUUUGAAUCAUUCAAUGGAUGUUUUGUGCACAAAGGUGAUGACUAAAGUGUCUUAUUAGGAUUUUUCUCGUUGUGGCAGUCUAUGGAAUUUGACUUUCUGGGCCAGGCAUCAGUUAAACUGCAUUACCGAAGCAAGACUAUAGGAGCAGUCGAAACCGUGCUUCUAGACCAGAACCCUUGCCCUUGAGUAGAACAUGUUGGCGUUAGCUUCGUAUUACCAGACUGAUGACUGCUACCGUACAGCAAAUGAUUUAUGUGAAAUGUGCUGCAUGGUCAAUCUGACAGUCUGCAUUGGCCAUGCAGCAUUUAUGGUGAUACGGCCUCUGCAGAAGUCAGGGCAUUCAUACUACUUGCGCUUCGCGGCGCAGCGCAGAGCUGUUGUGAAGGAAGUUGUCAAGGAAGUGAGUUUGUGUUUUAUACAGGACCUCCCGCCCUCACCUAACGUCAACCAAUAAUGUCAAUGCGGAGCUAUAUGGAGCCCUCCACAUUGUUACUAAAUUUGGUAGGCGCACGGCGAUGCGGUAAGGAGCUCAAUUUGGCCUCUGCGUGCAUCUGGAGGCUCCGCAAUUGCGUCACACCCUCCAAAUGGAGCCUCGGACCACAUUCGAAUCAAGCAUAAAUUGGCUUUGAGUUUGAGAAAUCCGGCUGGCUCGCGAAGCUAGGUUGGCGUUACCAAACCAAUGAAAUACGAAGCUAAACAUUUCUAAAAUAAAUAUGGUUACCAGACUAUAGCGUUUGUUCUUUAUAUGAUACAAAGAACAAUGUCUGAUAGGACCAGCGAUAGCAUAUUUAGGUUAGCAAGCAAUGUUUGACAAACAAUUAGUCUGUAUGAAGACGUCACAGCUCUCAUUGGUAUGGAGGAGGGUACAGGAGCACAUAUAUCUGCCUUCACCAUAAAAUGUGCCUCUAUGCCAGGUACUCAUUCAGUAAUUAGGGAAAACAUGGUGUGGUGAUGCUCUUGGCUGAGCCAUUUCAUGUCUGUCUCUGUCUGGAGGCCUCAUUUUCUUAUUUUUUGGAAUCUCUAUGGAGAGGCCUUGGAGUGAAAGCAUCCUGGCGCUCCAACCCCUCCAUUGGGGUAUUUGUGAUGAUGAAACAGUCAUUGAUACCUGCCCUGCCUGGCUUAGCAAGGUUGGCUCACAGGCAGAGUUAUGCUAGCAUUAUGCUAAUGUUGCUCCCAGUCCCAGAGAUGGGAAUGGAAAUGACUGUAGCUCUGUUCCUAGCUGGGAGUAAUUAGCGCAGCAUAAUUAAAGGCCUUCAUUACAUUCCCACUCAAUGGAGGCUCAACUGAAGCUGUGACUCUGAACUGAAAGCUCGAUCUCCCCAUCGUUUCUAGACCUGGGAUCAAAUACUAUUUGAAAUCUUCCAAAAUACGUUUAGUGUUUGCUUUAUGGAGUUUUUAUGGUGUUUACCUGCCUGGAGUGCCAGGUGGGCGGGGUUUGUUCUUUUGUGACUAUUCUAUUCUAGCACAGAUACAGUAUUUUAAAUUAUUUCAAAUAGUAUUCAAACCCAUGUCUGAUUCAUUCCAUAGAUAUGAAUGCUGCUGAAUGACUAAAUGGAGGGAGGAGGUGGAGGCGAAGGUUGUUACACUGUUAGCGCUUGGGCUCUCUCUCCUCCUUAACCACUUUCUCAGAAGCAAUUGUGAUUAUGAUUACCUUAUUCUGCUGCCCAAGGGAAACCUCUUCCUUUCUUCUCUCCCUGGUGAUGCACUCAGAGAUUAGGUUUGUGGAAUGGUGCAGGGGAAAACAGGUUCCACCUUCCGAUAACAUGGGACUCAGGGUUGUAAUAGCCAUAUUUGAGAUUUCAUUGAUAUUCCCCCUAGUAACUGGUGACACAGGCAUUACAAUAACACAGGCCCUGUCAUUACAAUGAUGUUGCUACACUGCCCUCUCCUGCACAAAUAUGGAACUGAAGCCACUCCCAUAAAAAUAUAAAAUGGGAAUUGUUUUGCAUGCACAGGAGGUUGGUGGCACCUUAAUUGGGGAGAACGGGCUUGUGGUAAUGGCUGGAGCGGAAUCUGUGGUAUGGUAUCAAAUUAAUCAAACACAUGGUUUUCAAGUGUUUGAUGCCAUUCCAUUUUUGCCGUUCCGGUCAUUAUUAUGAGCCGCUCAGCAUAAUAAUAAUAAUAAUAAUAAUAAUAAUAAUAAUAAUGAGUCGGACAGAGUAAUGCAUAUUUCAAGGCUGUUACAAAGGUGAACUUUAUUCAUUAAGGUUCACUUGUUUAUUACGUUGACAUUAAAUUGCUGUGGUUAUUAAUUCAAAAAACAAUCAGUGGAUUUAUCAUAUAAUUAUGUUUCAGGUGGUUCUGGUUCUCCAUGAUUAAUUGAUUGCAAUUCAUUUUUAUGUGAACAACUCAGUAGGGCUAGAUUUAUUUUAGUGUGAAAGACCUCAUUAUAAACACCUAUAUCUCUUCUAUUCUCACAAACUGGUUCUCUCUUUUACAUGAAAAAUAAAUAAACAAGUGAAGCCGCUCCGGUUACCCGAUCCCCCUUGGCCACACACUCAGGUCCUCCCAGAUCCAGACAGUGCCACCCACCCAAAUACGCACGCACGCACACACACACACGCACAAACACACACACACACACACGCACAAACACACACACACACACACACACACACACACACACACACACACACACACACACACACAUACACACACAUUCAGUAUGUUGGUGGUUUUUUAUGUGUUGAAUCCUCUCAAACCUGUUGCUGUGUUCUGUCUGUGUGUCCCCUCCAGUUUGCAGCGUGGGUAGACGCUGUGGUUUUUGUCUUCAGUCUGGAGGAUGAGAUCAGUUUCCAGACGGUCUACAACUACUUCCUGCGUCUGUCUAGCUACAGGAACACAGCAGAGGUCCCCAUGGUCCUGGUCGGGACACAAGGUAUUUAUUUUGAACUUUGAUUUUAACUAGCAAGUCCCUUAUUUGGAUUGUUAGCUCCAUCCCAUAGAUAUUAGGCAAUAGUGGUAGUUUGUGGGUUAGAGGUAGCCAGUUCUUACCAUACACCUGACAAAUAUAGACAUAAAGAUGUAAGUAGACUGUGAGUUUUUCCUCACCCUGACUUUGUGCCCUGACCAGGAAGAACUCUGGGCCUUAGUUUUAGCAUAGACUUGAGACUAGUGUGGAUUUUCACACACAGUGCAUUUGGAAAGUAUUCAGACCCCUUGACUUUUUCCACAUUUUGUUACGUUACAGCCUUAUUCCAAAAUGGAUUAAAUUUCAUUUUUUCCUCAUCAAUCUACACACAAUACCCCAUAAUGACGAAGCAAAAACUGGUUUUGAGAAUAUUUUGCAAAUGUAUUACAAAUUAAAAACAGAUGCCUUAUUUAUAUAAGUAUUCAGACCCUUUGAGGGUCGAAAUUGAGCUAAGGUGCAUUUUGUUUCCAUUGAUCAUCCUUGAUAUGUUUUUACAACUUGAUUGGAGUCCACUUGUGGUAAGUUCAAUUGGAUUGGACAUGAUUUGGAAAGGCACACACCUAUCUAUAUAAGGUCCCACAGUUGACAGUGCAUGUCAUAGCAAAAACCGAGCCAUGAGUUCAAAGGAGUUGCCCGUAGAGCUCCGAUACAGGAUUGUGUCGAGGCACAGAUCUGGGGAAGGGUACCAAAACAUUUCUGCAGCAUUGAAGGGCCCCAAGAACACAGUGGCCUCCUCCAUUCUUAAAUGGAAGAUGUUUGGAACCACCAAGACUCUUCCUAGAGCUGGUCUCCUGGCCAAACUGAGCAAUCGGGCGAGAAGGGCCUUGGUCAGGGAGGUGACCAAGAACCCAAUGGUCACUCUGACAGAGCUCCAGAGUUCCUCUGUGGAGAUGGGAGAACCUUCCAGAAGGACAACCAUCUCUGCAGCACUCCACCAAUCAGGCCUUCAUGGUAGAGUGGCCAGACGGAAGCCACUCCUCAGUAAAAGGCACAUAACAGCCCACUUGGAGUUUGCCAAAAGGUACCUAAAGGACUCUCAGACCAUGAGAAACAAGAUUCUCUGGUCUGAUGAAACCAAGAUUGAACUCUUUGGCCUGAAUGCCAAACGUCACGUCUGGUGGAAACCUGGCACCAUCCCUACGGUGAAGCAUGGUGGUGGCAGCAUCAUGCCGUGGGGAUGUUUUUCAGCGGCAGGGACUGGGAGACUAGUGAGGAUCGAGGAAAAGAUGAACAGCGCAAAGUACAGAGAUCCUUGAUGAAAACCUGCUCCAGAGCGCUCAGGACCUCAGACUGGGGUGAAGGUUCACCUUCUAACAGGACAACGACCCUAAACACACAGCCAAGACAACGCAGGAGUGGCUUCGUGAACAAGUCUCUGAAUGUCCUUGAGUGGCCCAGCAAGAGCCCGGACUUGAACUCUAUCGAACAUCUCUGGAGAGUCCUGAAAAUAGCUGUGCAGCGACGCUCCCCAUCCAACCUGAUAGAGCUUGAGAGGAUCUGCAGAGAAGAAUGGAGAAACUCCCCAAAUACAGGUGUGCCAAGCUUGUAGCGUCAUACCCAAGAAGACUCAAGGCUGUAAUUGCUGCCAAUGUGCUUCAACAAAGUACUGAGUAAAGGGUCUGAAUACUUUUUUAUUUGUAUUACAUUUGAAAAAAACCAACAUGUUUUUACUUUGUCAUUAUGGGGUAUUGUGUGCAGAUUGAUGAGGCAAAAAAAACUAUUUAAUCCAUUUUAGAAUAAGGCUGUAACGUAACAAAAUGUGGAAAAGUCAAGGGGUCUGAAUACUUUCCGAAUGCACUGUACAUCAUCCCCCAAAUGGAAUUUUCUCAGAACAAUAUUACAUUGUUGUUGGUGCUUUUUGUCCUUCCCCAGAUGCCAUCAGUGCUGCCAACCCCAGAGUGAUCGAUGACUCGCGGGCCAGGAAGCUGUCCAACGACCUGAAGCGUUCCACCUACUACGAGACCUGCUCCACCUACGGCCUCAAUGUGGAGAGAGUCUUCCAAGAUGGUAAGGGCUGAGGCAUUAAUUAACUAAUGAAUCUCCCCUUGAUAAGCUGAAGGAGAUAUGUCAGUGCUGGGCUGGGACUAGAAUGUGGAACCCUGUGGAUCCCUGCGAUCAGGAUUACAAUAUAAUGGUCUACAGUGUACCAUUGUAUAGGCCGACGUCCGCCCAUAGUGUUUCUACUGCUAUCCAGUAUCCAACCUUCCCUAGUAGAUGCUUGAGCCAUUCAUGUUAUAUAUUGAAUGAGAAUGUGAUGUCAAUGGAAAGGCUAUUGGUAAGAAAUAUAUAAUGGGGAGAAAGAUAUGACUAUUUUCAACACAGUGCCAAUAGCCAAGAAGAAACGUAUGUCUGCUUUAAGAGAGAGAAAAGUGUGUGUUCAAGGAGAAAACAUCUCUGAACUUAUGACAACCUUCAUUUGAACACAACAACAUCCUGUCCUGAUUACCACAGUACAAUACCCUGCUGGGUUCAGGACAUCUUUUUAACAACAACUUUUAAACAGUCCCCAAACAUUCUCUUUACCAAACUUUAUGAAUACAUAACGCAGCUUUCACUUUCUCCUUUCAUUGUUUGUUGACGCACAGAGCCUUGCAGUCUCCAAGCUGUAUUAAUUGCUUGCUUUUAAAUAAUUGAAAGACGUGAAAGUGUUUGGUGUCUGGAGAUCGAGCGGCUCCUCCAUUCCAUUUUUUCCAUGCUACUUUAGCCAUCAAUACCAAUACACUCCCCAGAUGUCAGACAGACUUAAACUCUUCUCUCUCCCUCGGCCCUCAUUCACGUCAUGCAGAAUAACAGAUCCCGCUCCUGCUGGAGUCUACAGCGAAGUGAUGGGUGGCUGCCUACGCUGUUUGCAUGGCCAAUCAGGUCCCUCUGUACUACACAAGGCUCAUUUGGUUAAAUUCACACCACAGAUCUCCCUGGGCUUAAGACAGGCUCAUUUCUCUGAACAACAUAUGGCAGGAGUAUUUUCCCUUGGAAAUGGAGAUGCUUUGUAUCUCUGGAGAACUGUAUAAGGUUAAUCUCUCCAUAUGUAACGUAUUACCUGAUUGAAAAGAGAAUUGCUCUGAAGUGGUUAAUAUCAGUGGACUUGUUGAUAUUAGAGUUUACAUUGUGAAGAUAUAUACUUAUCCUGAAAGUCAUUGUAAUUCAUAACAGAGUCGUCGACACUUGUUGUGUUUGAUUCCUAACCCUCUGUCUCUCUUUCUCUCCCACCAGUCGCCCAGAAGGUGGUGGCUCUGAGGAAAAAGCAGCAGCUGUCUAUUGGUCCGUGCAAGUCCCUUCCCAACUCGCCUAGCCACUCAUCAGUCCCCAACGCAUCCAUCCCCUCUGUGCAUAUUAACCAGGUGAGGCCACACCCCCUGCCAGAAUAUUUCUAACUAGGGCCAGGAGUUUUUCCUGACCACAUGACCUGACCAGGGAAAACUCAGGGCCCUAGUUUUAGGAUAUUACUUGUCAGGUUACGUGGUCAGGAAAAACGAUGAGCUUCUUCUGUGCAAUUGGUACAUGCAGCAAGACGUAGGCUGGACACUACUGAAAAUACAGGGCGUACAGUAGCCUACAUAAACUAUAUAUUAUGAUUCAGCUUUCCCAGAUCCUACCUUCUUUAACUGACUAGUUUGUUCUCUCUCCCUCUCCCUCUCCCUCUCCCGCUCUCUCCAUCUUUGUCCCUCCUCUUCCAGGCGGCGAAUGGCGGGGGUGCGUUUAGCGACUACUCCUCCUCUGUGCCCUCCACUCCCAGCAUCAGCCAGAGGGAGAUGCGCAUUGAGACCAUCGCCGCCUCCAACACGCCCACACCCAUCCGCAAGCAGUCCAAGCGCCGCUCCAACAUCUUCACAGUAAGUAUGCGGCAGCUGAUGCAGAGCAACACCCACUCGCACUACUAGAGGGCGCAGUACCGCGCACACACACUGUCCAUCAGAGGGAGACAAAGACAAAGCCGCCCUCUUCCUGGCUGUAUCAGAUACAGGCACAACAAGCCUUCCUGGUUUACUCCUUAUACAAGCAACAAAAAUGGGCAAAGGAGAAAAAAAUGAUAAGGAUAACAGUUGCUGGUUGCCCCCUGGGUUGUAUUUUGAACCCAUACUAUGAAAAAAAUGCUUCAUUUCUUUUUCUUUUUUUCUUAUUUUAAAGCAAAUAUCAAAGCUAGAAGCACUGUGGAAAAAUAUCUCAGCUUUUUAAAACCUUUUUUAUGUUGGUAACAUUUCCCUUUCCUUUCCAAUUGAAAGUAAAUGCGCAUGAGUUACUCAUCUUUCACUUAUCCCCUCCUCCUGGCCCCUCUGUCUCAAUCUUUGGCCUUCCUCCCUACCCCUCUUAUUUUUACUAGAUCCUUUCUUUGCAGUGACUCCCUAUUGGGGGAGAGAAAGGGUGAGGCAAGGCUACACCCCACCAAAGACAGCAAUGCAACUUCCCCCCUACCCAGCCACACUAAACUAAAAGUCAGGGACAGACCAUAACCAUUUCAGUCACUACAGAGUCAGAUAAUGCAUGCUCUCCCUCGCUCCCCCCUCCUUCCCUACCUUACUCUAGAUAUCCCUUUUCUAACCUUUGCCCUUACCCCAGAUAUCCCAGCUCUUACCUUUGUCCUCUGGCUCCUAAUCAGUGUACUUACCACAGCUUGCCCUGCUCAACCCUCUUCCAAUUACCCAUACUUCUGAGAGCCGUAGUUAAACCUCUAUCCUUAUUCUAGCUUCUACCUGAAUUGCCCUUAUACAAUCCCGUUGCGCAGCUCGAACCUUCCCUACCUUUGAGACCCUUGCACUAACCGCUGUACUUUCCUCAGCUUCCCUAGCUCCAUCCCAUCCCUUCUAUCCCUCCCUUUCUCUUACCUCUACCCCAGCCUCUCCUGCUCCAACAUACCUCCAUCCCUUCCCCAGGUUCGCUUUUUUGUACCUCUACCUCUCCCUUCUAACCCCAGCCCCCUCACUUCCUCUAACCUCUCCCAUCUCCCCCUACUCCAGCUACUGUGGUAGCCAUUGCGGGGCUCUGGGCAUCAGAGCAGUGCAGAUUGUCUGUCAGUUAGUAGCUCCCCUUGUCUUCUCCCUCCCCCUGCUAGGUAGUGACUAACCCUGUUCACCAGAGACAUGAGCCUCUGCCCGUCCGCAUCAUGGAGAUGCCCAAGCAUGCCACCUAUCCCGUGUGGGUGCCCGACUGGCAGGCUGAGCGGGAGUUUCAGCUCAUGACCUUCUGA